ACCCAGAAGAAAAGAAAGCAGAUGAACUUCAAGUCAACUUAUGGAAAAAGAAUCUGCUUAUUUUACUUAACACGAGCUUGUACCUUUCUUUUUAAAAAAUUAUUAUGAUGUAAACCACUUGUUUGGUUCUUCUUACAAUAAUAAUAUAAACAAAUAAAGAAGACUUUUACUGCAUUGGCUCACCAGUUAAUAAAAUAAGGUAGAAUAGAUAUAUAUAAACAAUUAUGGAUCUGAAGGAACAGUUACCACCACAGCCAUAAACUUACAUCCCAACUCCAUUCUGCUCUUUCCUCAUUACCAAUAUGGCAGAAUCAUUUCUUUUUGAUAUUGCCAGUUCACUCCUAGGGAAGCUUGCUUCUUAUGCGUAUGAAGAAGUUUCUCGAGCCUAUGGUGUGUAUGAAGAUCUACAAGGGUUCAAAGACACUUUGUCGAUUGUCAGUGGCGUGUUGUUCGAUGCUGAGGAAAAGAAAAACCAACAUCAUGCCUUGCAUGAAUGGCUAAGGCAGAUUCAAAACAUCUGCUUUGAGGCUGAAGAUGUAAUGGAUGAAUUUGAGUUGCUAGACAAGCAAAAGAAAGUUCAGAAAGCUUCUGGAAGCACACGAGUGAAGGUACGCCACUUCUUUUCUUCCUCUAAUUCAGUUAUUUUCCGUCCUAGGAUGGCAGAACAAAUCAAAGGGAUUAGGGCUAGGUUGGAUAAGGUGGCAGCUGAUGGGGUCAGGUUUGGUCUUACAAGUGUUGAUCCCGGACAUUUUGUGCAACAAAGAGAAAUGACAUAUCCUGAUAUUGAUGCUUCAAGUGUGAUAGGAAGGGAAGAUGACAAAGAUGAAAUUAUCCAUCUUUUGAUGCAGACACAUCUUCACAGCAAUUAUGAUGGUGAUAGAAGUAUGACUGUGAUUCCAAUAGUGGGAAUUGGAGGAUCAGGGAAGACCACACUUGCAAAAUCGGUUUUCAAUGAUAAGAGAGUGGAUCAACUUUUCGAGUUAAAGAUGUGGGUGUGUGUCUCUAAUGAUUUCGACAUGAAAAAGAUAAUCAUUCAAAUGAUCAACUCUGCCGCCGUUUCCUUUUUAACUUCAUCUUCCACACCAUCAAGUUGUCUUGCUCACCAAGAAAACAUCAACAACUUAGAUAUUGUGCAACUAGUAAGUCGUCUUAGAUUAAAAGUUUUAGGUCAAAAGUUUUUAGUUGUAUUAGAUGACGUAUGGAACGAUGACCGUGCAAAGUGGCUUGAAUUGAAAGAUUUGAUAAAAGUUGGCGCACCAGGAAGCAAAAUUAUAGUGACAACGCGUAGUAACUCAAUUGCUAAGAUGAUGGGUGAUGUUCCUUUGUGUGUUUUGGAAGGUCUUUGUCCAGAGGAUUGUUUAUCUCUAUUUGUCAAAUGGGCAUUCAAGGAAGGGGAGGAAAAACAAUAUCCAAAUCUAGUGGAGAUCGGAAAUGAAAUUGUGAAAAAAUGCCAGGGGAUUCCACUAGCCGUGAGAACGUUAGCAAGUUCUCUCUUCUCAAACUUUGAUAUAAGCAAGUGGGAAUAUGUCCGAGACUCUGAGAUGUGGAAUUUAGAACAGAAGCAAGAUGAUAUUUUACCUGCACUAAAAUUAAGCUAUGAUCAAAUGCCAUCCUGCUUGAGGCACUGUUUUACUUAUUUUUCCCUAUAUCCCAAAGAUUAUAACUUCAACAGUUAUGAAAUGUGUAGUCAUUGGGUAGCCCUUGGAUUAGUUCACUGCCAUAAUGAAAGUGAAACACUUGAGAGUAUUGCAAGAAAAUGUAUUGAUGAGUUGCAGUCAAGAUCAUUUAUAAUGGAUGUAAUUGAUUUAGGCUUCAUUUGUCAUUUUAAAGUACAUGAUUUGAUAUAUGAUCUUGCAUUGUAUAUUGCAAGAGAAGAUUUUGCAGUAGUAGAAUCGCAUACUCGGAAUAUAUCUCAGCACGUAAAGCAUUUAUCAUUUGUUGAAAAUGAGUCAGAUGACCAUGCUUUGUUCCCAAAUUCUAGAAGUGUGAGAAGUAUACUAUUUCCCACCAUGGGAUUGGGUCUUGAAAGUGAAAGUGUUCUAGAUACAUGGGUGACAAGAUACAAGUACUUGCGUUAUUUAAAUUUAAGUGAUUCUUCAUUUGAAACUAUGUCCAAUUCAAUUUCAAAAUUAGAACACCUACGUUUUCUCGAUCUUUCUCGUAAUGACAAAAUCAGAACCCUCCCAAAUUCCAUUUGCAAACUCCUACAUUUACAAGUGUUGAUUCUCAGUGGGUGCACCAUGCUUGAAAAUUUGCCUAAAGGAUUAGGAAAGCUAAUCAGCCUUCGGCAUCUUACUAUAACCACAAAACAAUCUGUUCUGCCACUUGGUGAAUUUGAAAACUUGAUCCAUCUUCAAAUUUUGAGUUUUCAUUUUUGUGACAACUUAAAGUUUUUGUUCAGAACAAAACUCCCUUCCAUUAGAGAAUUGUAUUUUGAAUCAUGUGGUUGCCUAGAGUCCUUACCUCUAAAUAUUUUCCCCAAAUUACAGACUUUGUACAUUAACAACUGUGACAAGUUAAACCUGUUGUUGAACAACGAAUGUCCAGAACAAACAUUGAGGAUGAAACAUUUGUAUCUUAUUGGUUUCUCAACACUUGUGACAUUACCUGGAUGGAUUGCAUGUGCCAUGGAUACUUUAGAGACCUUGGUAAUCAGUAAUUUAUCUGGUCUUAAGAUGCUUCCGGUGUUUCUAACUACAAUGACUCGUCUUAAGAGGCUCUACAUAACUAACUGUUCUCAACUCUUGGGUUUUACAAGUGACAUGCGUCACCUCACCGCCCUUGAAGAUUUUCGCAUAAAAGGUUGUCCUGUGUUGUGCAGCAGAUGUCAGCCCCUAUAUGGUGAGUAUUGGCCCAUGAUUUCUCACAUCAAAUCUACUUUCAUUGGAAAAGUAACAAUAGAGGAGGAGGAGUUACUAGGAGGUUAUCCAUUUUGAAGAUGAUGAAGCUGUGCAAAGGGCAUAUGCAGCUUGAAGAGUCACAAGAGAGAGCAAAGCAAUAGUUGAUGGGGAUGAAGAAGAUGAAUGCCAAAUGAUGCUUUUUAUUUCUAUUACUAAGAAACAUCUUUAUGUGCACUUAGCAUUUGUUAUUUUAUUGAAUUUGAAGGUUAUUUCUUUUGGAUUGUUGUUAUUGCUCUGCACUCUUUUUUCCUUUAUCAGAUUUUAUUCCACCGGGUUUUACCGGUAAGGUUUUUAAUGAGGCAGUGUAUUUUAUGUUAAGUUUUAGUUUAGUCCCCAAGCUUGUAUCUUCUUUUGUCUUUUCUUGUAAAUAUUCAAUGGAUCAGAGGCAUAUUCUUUCCAAACGAAAGAAUGAAGCCUAAUUGUAAAUAUGCUAUUAUUCAUA